AAAUCUAGGAGCUCAAGGUCAAAGAUCAUUAAUUUUACUCCAUAUGAUCGAUCUCGAUCUUGAGGCCUUUCUUCUAAUUCUGUGGCUGUCUAUUUCAGAGAUUGUGGAAUGGGCUGGUUAGUCUUUGUGUUGGUUCUGUGUGUCUUGUUCUCUACUCCUGGCUGUGUCUGGGGGAAGCUGUGCUGUGAUCAGGGCUGUAAACACCCAGUGUCGUAUGGGCGUACAGUACAGAGGCACAUCACAAGGGACGAGGGGUUCCUGUCUUACCCUGCCUCCGCCAUAGUUACCGUCUUCAGCAAGGACGUCCACACAACGGCCGAGGGAGAGUACUGGGAGGCAGAGAUCCAAGGCAAGCGAGGGCUGAUUUUGAACAGUGCCCUCAAGGAACUGACUCACAAGUGUGAACCUAGCAUUGUGCAGCUGCAGGAAGAAGCGGCAGAAGAGCCUCUGGUUCCUGAUGGUGGUGCACCAGCAACUCCCACCGACCAUACCCACAUGGACACACCCACCCCUAUGGGUCAAACACAAUCCAGCACGUCAACACCUUCUGACGACCAACCAAGACCUGGCACACCACUCACUCCUGAAGACCAAUCGCAAGACAGCUCACCACCACCCCCUAGCGACCAACAGAGAGAGAUGCCUCAGACAGAACAGGGAGUGCCUCCCGUUGAACCACACAAUAUUCAGUACCAAGAGCCCUCUGGUCAUCAGGAGUCUGUGGAACAGAGAGAGCGGGAGAGAGAGGUACCUCAGAGAGAGGAGGGAGAACAGAUGCCACCUAUUGAUCGGUUCCAGGAUCCCACUGGUAGUCGAGAGCCUUUGACCAGGGAGCCUCUAAGAGAAGAGACCAAACAGAUAUCACCUGACAUUUCCGAUGAGCCAGAAGAAGUGAAGCCAGUUGAAGAAAACAACAGAGUUGAGUUUCAGACCGUCUCGUUAAAUAUCCAUCCUACUCAGAUCCAUCCAGUUUUAGCAGAUGAACAUUUGAGCUUUGCGGGAAAUCUAGAAGAUCAAUGCAAAGCACAAACAUCGGAUGAUAGCCGCCCUCAAGAAACACCCUUAGCAGAGUCCUUACCGCCGCAGCAACACCAACAAAAACACGAGCGGUAUUUGAAUGAUGGCGGACAAAAUGGCGAGUCACAAGAACAAGCCAAAGAGGAAGAACCGUUUGAUAAGCAAUACAGAGUAAAGGAUGUUUAUAUCCACGAUGAGUUGGGCGAAGACGAGUUAUACGCUGAAGUCACACCAGAGCCACCCUCGGAGCAGACAAAGGAGAUGUUCGAGUCCCAAGAGCCGCCACCCUCAAGAGUAGACGAACCCAAUGUAGCAGAUUCUGUCCCCUUGAAUUUGGACACAUUCUCCUCAGAGACUGAAAAACCCGAGCCUGUCACUGAUCCCGCUCACAAAGUAGAAAUGUUCGAAGAGUCCCCUCAUGUUGUAGAACCGACCCCUGCAACUUUUGAACGUCAUAUUCCGGAACCCUCAUUUGAGGAACCUCCUCUCACACAGGACCCCUCGACUUUCGAACCAGCUCGUACUCCAGAAUCGGGUCACUCUACUUUUGACACCACAGCAACCACUACUAGUGACACACCAGUUGAAGCUAUUGAAACUCAAGAAAGCAACAAAAAGUCAGAGCAGGAUCAGUGGCAGGCAGAGGAUAAGAGGUCGGAAGAUGAUCAACACGAGGAACUGGGUGAUGAUGACGAUGAUGGAGAUUAUGACGAUGAAGAAGACGGCGAUGAAGGUUACGAAGAUGAAGAUGAAAAUGGAGAUGACGAAGAUCCAUAUGAUGAUGGGAGGUUGGAAACUAGAGAGGAAGACGGUCCAGAAAUUGUACCCCCCAACCAAAAUGAGAGGAGAUUUAAUCGGAGGUUUGAGGAGUUGCAACAACUGCACAGAGAGCAACAAGAGCUUCUGAGACAACAGGAGCUACUGCAUCAGCAACAGGGGAAGAAGAGUGAACAGCAAGAGGAUGAAUCAUCCCAGCAAAAGCAGCAAGAUCAACAGUUCGACCAGGAACGGGAAGAUGAUCAGCAACGACAAGAUGAUCUGCAACGACAGUACGACCACCAGCGGCAAAAAGAACAACAGGAGCACUUCAUUAGUCAGCAGCAGCAGCAGCAAGAUAAGGAACCUAAUCAACAGCAGAACCCUCCAGACGAUAUAUUAUAUUCUGAAACCCCUCCCACAAUGAAAGAGGCCCCACCCAUUCCACAAGGCGGACCUAUUCCUCCUAUCAGUAGGCCCUCUGACACUAACACUCAGUUCGAACAUCAGACGGCGGCAACUAAAACAACUGCACCUCCUUGUAAUUGUACUGAGGUGAUCACGCCCACUUGUGAAUGUCCGGACAUUGGCCGACCACCCUGCCCAAAAUUGAGUAUUGACAACUAUGUCCCCCUUCCUGGAUCUGAGUCGGGAGUGAUGUCAUUGGUGGAGCAGUAUCGUGCGUAUGUGCGAGAGAUGGUGUUGGCUACUCUGCCACAGUCAAUAGCAGAAUGGAUUGUUGAGAACCGUCCGAUGCUGGGGGUGGUGUGUGUGGGUGUGGCCUUUCUCUCUCUCUCCAUCCCACUACUUCUCUUGGUAUGCAUCAGCUGUGGAGGACAGGGUGCCAAGAAACAGGUCGCCAUAGAGAAAGCUUCUCGUGUGCGUCUGGAGGGGGAGAGAGUGAAACUGGAGACUGAACGUAAUGGACUGGACCAGCGGCUGAGAGAGAGCAAGGAGGCGUGUCAAGGCCUGGAAAAUGACCUGAAACUACUCAGAGGAGAGAGGGCACAGCUGGAACAGGCCAACAAACAGCUGCAGAUUGAUAAUCAGAAAGUGACUGAGAGCCUCACGUCCUCCCAACAAGAGUUGACCCAGUACCAGGUUUACAGCGAGCAGCUCAACACACAGCUUGCCACAGUCAACCAAGAACUGGAGGAAACGGCCCAGCAGAGAGACGAGGGAAUUCAGACUGGGAGGGAGAUGAGCCAAUGUCUAACCGACCUGCAGAACAGGGUGGAUGGUCUGGAAGCACAGUCCGAGCAGCUAGAGCAGGACAAGUUUCGGACCCAGGGCGCCCUGGAUACGCUGCAAAAUGAACAUGACGAGGCAACUAGUGAGCUGAGCGAGCUGAGGACGAAGUGCUCUAAUCUCGACUCUGAGUUGGAGAGGAUGUCCUCUGACCUUGUGUCAACCAACGCCACGUUAGGAGAGAAGGAGUCCGAGUUAGUACACCUGCGAGAGUGUCUUAGUCAGCUGACUGACCAGGUUGCUGAGUCAACAGUGGACGGAGAAGAAGAAGGCAACGAGGCACAGCUGGCCAAGAUUAAGGCCAUGCUCGACACAUCCAAGGCCCAGCAAGAGCUGCAGAGGACAAUGGCUGAGAGAGACAAUCACUUGACCCACAUACUGGAGAAGACCAGUCAGCUGGAGCAACAGAUAGCUGACAACGAGGCUCUUAGAGAGCAGCUGUCACAACUUGAAGCCAAGGAGAAAGGCACGGCCCAAGAACUGAGAGAGCUGCAGAUAAAGAUGAGGGGAGUCACAGAAUACUUCCAAGAGAAAGAGAGUGGUCUCCAUCGAAAGAUUGAGCUAGGGGAGAUAAAUCAGGAGAAAUUCAAGUCACUAGAGAGUGAGGCACAAGAGAAGGCAGCUGCCUCCGAGUUGGAGAGGGAGAGGGAGAAAGAAGAGUUGAAGGAGCUGAGGAAGCAAAUGGCCGAUAUCGAGAAGUCAUUUAUUAGUCAGCUUAAGAGUAACGAGGAGCGGGCAGAGGACGCACUGGUUCAGCUGCGCAGGACGGAACAAGAUCUUAGACUGGCCAACAGGGAGGUCACCACUCUUAAGAGAAGAUUGGCAGAAGCUGAGACUGCAGCUGCCCACCCUCCACCUAUGGUUCGACCAAUUCCGCGGCAACACCCCUACCCUCCUCAACCACAACGGACACGCCCACCUUCCACCGGACCAUUGGGACAACCCCCUCAGGGACCAUCCCCUCAGCCACCGCGACCACUCUCCGCCCCUCGAUUAGAGCCACGGACGUCCUCACCUGCCAAUAGCGAGUCAAUGACAGGUGUUCCCCCUCAGGAUAGAGCCGCACAGUCCAUGCUCAAUAGCUCGCUCCCCAUGAGAGGACCAAGGGGUCAGUCAGACCUCCAAUCUCGAUCUCACUCAUUCAGGGGGCCUGAAUCACGUGCACUCCACCCGGCUGGCGCACCCCCCAUGAGGGGACCGUCCCCUCGUCACAUGUCUCGAGAGCAGCAAGUGCCAUCUGUUCCCCUGCCUAAGCUUGUAGAGCAGCAACCCCCUCGUCCGUAUGGUGUUACCCCACCUCCAACUGAGGCAUCCUCUAGCCAGUAUCGUCAUCCAUAUGACAGACCACAAGCGCCACACAAUGGCCCUCCAAUGUCACAUGACAGAGGCUAUCCGCCGCCACCUCCUGGUGACUAUCGCCCUCCAGACGGCCCAAGGAGGCCCUAUCCACCGACACGUCCUCCUUAUGGAGCUCCACCCCCUAGAGGACCACCACGGGUACCGUAUCGACCCCCAGGGCCACCAAUGGGACCACGCCCACCCAGACCUGGUUACCCUCCUCAGUCGAUGUCAGGACCUCCGCAGAGACCGAGAGCACCCACACAGCAGCAGUUGGGUGCAGGCAGACCACCAGCACACAUGGGUGGACCCCCACAAACUAGCCAGGCCAACAAACAGCCACAGGCAGGCUCAGACUUUGCUGUGUAGUAGUAGUUGAAUUUCUCCGUGACCAAACGCUAGAUGAAUUUAUACAAUACUGAACAGGUUUAUGAAAAAUUUCGAUCAAGUUCGUGAAAUUGUGCAUGUGCCCUUUAAUAAUGAUAUCGUCUAACUCAUUUUCUUGUUUGUAAUAUGAAA